GAGACGGAAGGGAGAAGGGCAGGACGAGGGACCCCAGAAAGAGGGGAGGGACAAGGGGGAGGGAACUAGAUGGAGGUGGGGACACACAGAGAGAGGCGGGGCCAGGAGACCAGAAGGAGGGUCUGCAGGGACCUGCGGGCUCCGAAAGGCGUUCUGUUCAGCUAGUGCGUGAGGACCCGGCUUAACGGUGGCUUCCGGUUGUGUGCUCCGCGCCCGCAGGGACGCGGUCUCGGCGCUAAGCCUAUGGGCGUGGGGUCAGUGGAGCCUGAACACUUUCUGCCCGAGAUCCUACAAAUGCUUUCCUUCAGUCUGCAGCUCAAGGCCCCUCCCCGAGCCGUCCGGCUCUACUAGCCCAGCCCUGGAGAGACUUUGCCACCAAUGUCGCUGCUGAACUCUGGCUGUCCCCACCAAGGAGAAAGGCUUACCCUUCUGGAGCCAAAUCCACCGCCAGUCAACUCAGACAGCCACCCAGUCCACAUGCCAGUGGAGGACGCUGAGGACUCUGCUCUGGUGUGUCCUGAAAAUCUGAGCUUGGGGUCCCCAGGCCUGGACACCAAACAAGCCCCUAGUUGGCCUGGGCUCCGGACCCUCCUGCAGCAGCUCCCUCCGCAGGACAGCGAUGAGCGCUACUGCCUGGCCCUUGGGGAGGAGGAGCUGGCUGAGCUCCGGCUCUUCUGUGCCCAGAGGAGGCGGGAGGCCCUGGGACAGGGGGUGGCCCGCCUGGUACCUCCCAAGCUUGAAGAAUGCAUUUGUGAAAAGCAGUGCAGGGAGCAGCUGAGGCCAGGAGAGUACGGAGUGUUCGCAGCACGGGCAGGAGAGCAGCGCUGCUGGCACCGGGCUUGCUUUGCCUGCCAGGCCUGUGGCCAGACCCUGAUAAACCUCAUCUACUUCUACCACGAUGGGCGUCUCUACUGUGGCCGUCAUCACGCAGAGCUGCUGCGGCCUCGCUGCCCAGCUUGUGACCAGCUGAUCUUCUCCCGGCGCUGCACCCAGGCGGAGGGACGGCGCUGGCACGAGAACCACUUCUGCUGCCAGGACUGCGCCGGGCCCUUGGGCGGGGGACGCUAUGCCCUGCCGGGGGGCGGCCCCUGCUGCCCCAGCUGCUUUGAGAGUCGCUAUUCGAAUGCCGGCUCGAGCCCGGACCCGAUGCUGGAAGGCAGGGCGUCCCCGGGGGAGGCGGGGCUCGGCAGAGCUGAAGUCGGGGAACGUGACUCGCGGAACGCCGCGACCAUCUCCCGGGCAGCCCUUUUCGCCACGGCCGCCAGCUCCGGUUUGGAAACCCGGAGGGGAAUGCUUGGAUCCAGCCCGGGGCAGGAGUGUCGAGCUGGGGACCAGGCGGAGGCACCCAAAGGACAAGAGCAGGGCUUUCUGGAGACGCCCCUUGAUCCCAAGGAGGACGCCCCCUGCCCCACUUGCUCCUCUUCCUCUGAAUCGGAACCCGAAGGGUUUUUCUUAGGCCAGCGCCUUCCUGGGCCCUGGGAGACCUCCAGAAGUCUCCAAACUAGGGACAGCGACACCUCCAGGAAGCAUUGCACCAUUUGCUAGUGGCGCAGCCCGGAGAAAAGAGGGUUGGGGGAGCUGGGGGCAGGGCAUGUGAUCUGUAAGGCGAGAGCUCUCCUCCCUCUGUAAAAUUCCUAUACUGAACACCGUCAAGGUCAUGGCUGGGGGAGGUGGAGAGAUGACAAAGUUGGAGUGUUUCCUUUCAG